AUUUAAAACGGAAUCGAACACACCUUGUCCUGUAAAGUGCACGCAGGCGCGAGCGUCGGGACGCCGUUCAGGGCUCUAUUCAAGCUCAGUGUAAACUGAGGAAUCGCUUGUGUCGCUGCAUCCGGAUAAGGGGUUACGAGGUCUAAUAUCAGGGGUAGCAUCUUUGAUUCGACUUGGAUUGUCAUCCAGAUUCCCAUUUCACCCCCCAUUUGGAAAUUGAUUCGCGGAGAUGACGACCCAAGCGGAGCAGCUCAACAAUAAACGUCUCAACUUGGAAAAAGCAACAAACUUCAUGAGGCAAUAUCGCGACCCCCAUUCCCGCGAACUGAAAAAACUUUCGGCGAAUCAGUUCAUGGAAGUCUGGAGUCACUACGACAAAGACGGGAAUGGAUAUAUCGAGGGAACGGAACUGGACGGCUUUUUGAGGGAGUUCGUGUCAAGUGCCAAUGCCACGGAUGUCGGGCCGGAAGCGGUCUCCGACGACAUGUUGGUGGAGCUGAAAGCGUGCUUCAUGGAGGCUUACGAUGACAACCAGGAUGGAAAAAUCGAUAUUCGUGAGUUGGCGCAGUUACUUCCGAUGGAAGAAAACUUCUUACUCCUUUUCCGAUUCGACAAUCCCUUAGAGUCCAGUGUGGAGUUUAUGAAGAUUUGGCGCGAGUACGACACCGAUGGUAGCGGUUACAUCGAAGCCGACGAGCUCAAAAAUUUCCUGCGAGACUUGCUGAAAGAAGCGAAAAAGAUUAACGACGUUUCCGAAGAUAAACUCAUCGAAUACACCGACACCAUGCUCCAGGUGUUUGACGCCAACAAGGACGGCCGUUUGCAACUGUCGGAAAUGGCCAAGUUACUUCCUGUUAAAGAAAAUUUUCUCUGCAGGCAAAUCUUCAAGGAAGGAAUAGAAGGGGCUACAAAACUCACCAAGGACGAUAUCGAGCGAGUUUUUGCCUUGUACGACAGGGAUAACAACGGUACAAUAGAAAACGAAGAGUUGCGCGGCUUUUUGAAAGAUUUGCUCGAACUGGUCAAAAAAGACUACGAUGCUCAAGAUUUGCUCGAUUUUGAGGAAACCAUUCUACGAGGCGUGGACUACAAUCAAGAUGGCAAAAUCAACAAGAAGGAAUUGACGAUGAUCUUGUUAGCCAUCGCGAAACAUAAUCAAGAGGAGGAAUCAACCGCAUAGAUAUCAUGAGGAAGGAAAUCGUAACGAGUUGCCAAUUUAUCAAGUAGCACAAGUUUCAGGAGUUUAUAAGUAAUUAUAUAUAGGGUUAAAUUUAAUGUUAGAUUAUUGUGACACCAAUAUUGUUGUUGAUUUGGUAGCGUGACUACAAUAAGGUAAAAACGUGCAUCAAUCUCUCAAUUAUAAUCAUUUUUACGAUCAAUUUUCGCAUCGCUGUGAUUUUAUUGGAAGUACUCGUAAGUAGAGGGCAACACGGUUGAUAUUUUUAUAAUGCAAUAGCCUUGAGAUCAGAUUAAGUUACUUUCAGUUGAUAUUCCAAAUGAGGGAGAAGAAACACCAAUCCAAACCAAAGACUUAUUUGAUACAAAACCCAAUCCUAAGAAUGCACAACUUUCAUAUCGCACUUCAAUCAACUGUUACUGAAUUAUACUUAGACUAGUCAUGCAUGAUCUCUGAGCUUUCGGUACUCAAAUAUUUCAAAGUUUACAAGUAGUGAUGUUGCUCUAUUUAUCUAUAACUAUAUAACUAUAUUUAUAAACGCUGCUACGGCACUGUAUUAUCGAUUGUGAUACCUUUCAUUGAACGAAAUGAAAGACUUGGGAGAAUCGAAUUUUAUUGAUUGGUCUCGAAGCCUAAGUAGAUGAAAACGUGGUACAUUAUCAAACCGCAGCUUCGAAUAUUAUUAUCUUGAAAAUUCGUCCAGUUUCGCAUAUCUGUGCCCCUCUAUGUGCAUUAUUGUAUAAUAAAGUCUAUUUUAAUAAAAAGUAUAGAUUAAUUUAUAUAUGUUAACACUUUUAUAUUUAUUACGUUAUGUACAAAGUUGCCAAAUUCUCUUAGACGUGUGAAAUACUUACAGUUAUAAUACUAUAAGGCGAUUUUUGCUUGUUUUUCGUUCAAUUCAGUGUGAUAAAACAUUUUCAAACUACUACGAAAACGGUUCACUAUGUCCUACUAUACUGUAAAAAAUAAAUGUUCGUUAUUUAAA